AUGGUAAAGAGCAUUUCAGCUUGUAAUGAGUUAGCCAAUGAACAACUCAUCUCGUUAAAAGCACAAGUUGUGCAAAUUACCGGUGUGAAAAGGAUUCAUACUCAGCAUCAAGGUAUGUUAAAGAAGCAAGAAGUCAUCCUGAGAGAUACAACCAGCUGUAUAAAAGCAGUACUUUGGGGUUCCUAUGUGGAUACUUUGAGAGAAAAUACCACCUAUGUUUUUAAAAACUUGAAACUAAGAAUAUACAGGGGUGAAAAAUACUUAAACACACCCAAAAGUGACGAAUUUGAAGCGACAGAAACCACUCCAUUUGACCAAGAGCUAGUUGAUAUUGAUCUCAACCUACAGUUAACAUCUGCAACAAUAACUGGAAAAGUUAUUGGGGUACAAGAAAUUGCAAAAACUGUUUCCUGUCCCAGUUGCAAGAAGAAUGUUGUCGCUCUUGCAGAUGAUGACCUUUUUGGAGAAUGUCAGGGACAGGGUUGCAAAGCACUGCUUAUGUUAGAUGCGUGUGACACCCAGUUAAGCAUUCGCCUUUUAGUGCAACGUAUAACGGAUCCGUCAGAAAAGAAGCGGCUUGCCUUUUACAACCAAGAAGUGCAGCAACUAAAAGAAACCUUGGACCUAACGCUUGACUUAACCGCAUCAUCAGAAAGAAACAUUAUGGUUGCUAUUUUGACAGCUGCCAAAGAAAUUAAAGCUGAGUACGAUUCAUUGACGAGCAAAGUUAAUGAUGUGGCUCUUGCGUAG